AUGAGAUUAUUCAACUAUUCAUCGAUUCGUUUAUUUCAUAGAUCAUUUACACGUAGUAUAGUACCAUUAAAUUCAAUUACAUCCUUACGCAAAAUGUCUACUGUUGGAAAGCCUAUUAAUUGUCAAGCUGCUGUUUCUUAUAAACCUAAUGCUCCUUUAGUUGUAGAGACUAUCACCGUUGAUCCUCCAAAGUCUCACGAGGUUCGUAUUAAGAUUGUCAAUACCGCCAUUUGUCAUACCGAUGCCUACACUCUAUCUGGUAAGGAUGCGGAAGGUUUAUUUCCUUGUGUCUUAGGUCAUGAAGGUGCUGGUAUCGUCGAAUCUAUAGGUGAAGGUGUCUCUUCUGUUAAAGUCGGUGAUCAUGUUAUCCCAUUGUACACUGCUGAAUGUGGCGUUUGUAAAUUCUGUAAAUCAGGUAAGACUAACCUUUGUGGUUCUGUUCGUGCUACUCAAGGUAAAGGUGUAAUGCCAGAUGGUACUUCUCGUUUCCAUAAUUCUAAAGGUGAAUCCUUAUUUCAUUUUAUGGGUUGUUCUACUUUCUCUGAAUAUACUGUUGUUGCAGAGGUAUCUGUCGUUGCCAUUGAUCCAACUGCUCCAUUAGAAUCUGUUUGUCUAUUGGGUUGUGGUGUCACUACAGGCUAUGGUGCUGCGAUUAAGACUGCUAAUGUUCAAAAAGGUGAUACUGUAGCUGUCUUUGGUGCUGGUACGGUGGGUCUUUCCGUAGUACAAGGUGCUCAUUCUAGAGGAGCAUCUCGUAUCAUAAUUGUUGAUAUUAAUGAUAACAAAGAAACUGUAUCUCUUGAAUUUGGUGCUACUGAUUUCAUUAAUCCUUUGAAAUUAACUGAAGGUCAAACUAUUGUUGAUAAAUUGGUUGAGAUGACUGAUGGUGGUCUAGAUUUUACGUUUGAUUGUACUGGUAACGUUGAUGUCAUGCGUAGUGCUCUGGAGGCAUGUCAUAAAGGCUGGGGUCAAUCUGUGAUCAUUGGGGUUGCUGAUGCAGGUAAAGAAAUAUCAACUAGACCAUUCCAAUUGGUCACCGGUAGAGUCUGGAAGGGUUCUGCUUUUGGUGGUAUCAAAGGUAGAUCAGAAAUGGGUGGUUUGAUUAAGAGCUACCAAGAAAAGAAAUUAAAGGUUGACGAAUUUAUUACAGCUAGAAGACCAUUUAAUGAAAUUAAUGAAGGUUUUGAAGAUUUACACAAUGGUACUUGUCUAAGAACUGUAUUGAAAUUCUAA